UACCGAUACAUUCAAAUUUGAAAACGACAUAGGUUGUCAAAAUACAUGCAGUCCAAGGUAUAUUAUAAUGAGAAGGAAGAUAAUUUAAUGGGCAAAACGUAAAACAACAAAAAGACUGGCGCCACAUCAUAAAACAUUAAACAAAAGUAGGGAGAUAUAACGCAUUUAAGCUUCUGUAAGUUUUCUUGACGAGAAACACUCAAAACCAAGAAAACAGUUCACGUUCGAUUUAUUACAUAUCACAUUCAGUCAAGUACGUUUUGAUAUAGAAUUAAUAAAACUGUUUUUUAUUUGACCAUGCGAUUAUAAGACCGACCGAAAAUAUUUUAUGGCUGUCAGCUGAACUGCAAGACUAUGCAGAGUCUAUUUUUUUUUAUCAAGAGCAGCCUUGAUAUAAUUAUAUAUUUUACCUUGGUAUAAUUGACAUUCGGCAACUUUUUAUUUCCAUAAAUAGAUAAAUAAAAUUGUCAAAUACUUCUUAUAUGUCUAAAGGCUCUCAUGAAUAAUGACAAACGGGCAAAAAAAAAAAAAAAAAAAAAAAAAUGAAAUACCAGCGCCUUGUUCACUUUACUUUUUUCAAUUUAGGAGCCUUUAUUGUUUUGGGAACACCAGAUGAGUUGGUUCAGUUGAAACCGGAAGUAAUCGGCAAACCAUGGAGAGGGGUGGAUAUUAAAUCACACAGAGGAAAUAAUAAUUCAACUUUGCAAUAUCUUGCUGUGACGAACACUAUGUCAGGUAUUCAAAUAUGGAGUAUGAACACUUUUAUCCACAAUAUAACAUCUCAGUCCUCUGCAACAAAUGGAUUUACUUUUUAUGUUAACAGCAAUGUAACCGAAGUGGCUAUUUCUGAGUUAAACGCUUCAAAUAAUGGGAAAACUGGAAUUCAGAUUGCAACAGAGGACAUACCUUCAUCAGAAAUUUUGUUCCAGAUUUUAAAAUGUACUGUUAGUCAAAACAACGAAUACGGUAUUGAUAUAAAAGCUAAUGCAAGUGUUAUUAUUUCUGAAUGUGAUAUUGAAGGGAACGCCGAGUCUGGGAUACAUGUUUACCAAGAGUCAGGAGGAAGAAUAAAUGUAAGCACGUCAAAAAUAUCACGAAAUGUAAAAUAUGCAAUCAAAGGAUAUUUCACGGAGGAACUUGUGGUAGAUUCUUGCAUCAUUUCUGACCAUUCUUUCCGUCGUUUUGGAAAAUAUUGGUUUCAAAGAAUACCAUAUGUGUAUCUGCGAAAGAACGACAACUCUAAGUUUCACAUUAGAAUAUUAAACAGCGUUUUUGAAAAUAAUAUCAAUGAUGGAAUUGAAAUUUACUUCCAUUACUAUAGCAUUGGUGGCCUUAUGCUUCAUAUUGAAAACAAUACAUUUAUGGACGGAAAUAAGACACUUUUCAUUAAUUACAAUUCCUUUUACGAAAACAUGGCUUACGUUAAAAUUAUCAGAAACUUGUUUCUUAACAAUUCGAACUCAGACGGUGCUCUUGUAGAGUCUAAAUUCGAGCACGUUGGUGAUGUGAAAUUUGAAAAUAACAAGUUUGAAGGGAAUAUUGCAAAGAACACUUUACUUAUUACAGGAAAUGUAAGACAUUCCGUUGGGAUAAUUUCAGUACAGCACAAUGAUAUGUCGGGCGACUGGGCUACUGAAUCAUUGAUUAACAUUAACAGUUACCAUGAAAUAACAGUUAAUUAUAAUGAUCUGCAUAACCUAUUUCCAAAUGUUUGCGUUGUUAGUGCACCGAAAUUCGCGGAGUCAUUUGAAAUAAAUGCUACUUUCAAUUACUGGGGGCUACAAUCAGCAAUGGACAUUUUGGAUCUAGUAUGCGGAUUUGAAAAAGAUAUGGAUAGAAGUUAUAUGCAUUAUAUACCUUUUUAUACCGAUAACAAUUUUAAUCAAGUUGUGUCAUUGACACAAGACGAAUUUGAUGUGCAUGGAGCAUUCGGAGGGGAUGUUACUAAGAAUUUUACCAUUCCAAAACUGAGUAGUCCCAUUAUUAUAUCAAGAGCUUUGUUUGUCAGACCAGGUACUGUUUUGACAUUAGAAGCUGGUGCCGUCAUCCGUUUCAAAGAAAACAGAGGAAUAUAUAUUCAAGGAGUAUUGAAAAUUUCUACCGGUAGCAGAAGGCUAACUGUCAUGGACUCUGUAAACGAAAAUGUUCCUUGGUAUGGAAUAGUGAUAAAAUCUACAAGCGAUAAAUAUUCCACCAUAAACUACGCCCAGAUAAAUAACACCAUGCAAGGUUUUACAGCGUUUACUAACGGAUUUGAAAUGAAACAUACUCAUAUAAAUAAUUCCAGAGCGUCAUGUUUGAGCAUCAAACCCGAAAAUACUGACGUUACAACUCAUGAUUUUGAAGGAACCAGUAUAAGCAACUGUAAGGAGAUAGGAAUUUCUGUUUUUGGUAAUGGAGAAAUAAAUGUUUACAAUGUUAAUAUUCAAAAUGCGUCUGUUGGCAUAAAGAUGGACACUUAUUAUGGUCAUUUAACUGUAAAAUCAAGCAAUAUUACAAACUGCUCAACAGCAGCUUAUGUCCGUUUCGGAAGAACAUCACAGGCUGCAGGAAACAUGACCCUUGAUAGUUGCCGGAUUUCGAACUGUUCAAACGGUGUCGAUUAUUCCAUGGGGAAUGUCUGGGAUAUAAAUAGUGUAAAUAUAAAGUAUAAUAUAUUUACUAACAUUACAAACAAUGCAUUGUCGAUCAAUUUUCCGUCAAAUGAUUACAAUUAUCGAUAUAUAGGUCAUGUAGAUAUAGGUUUCAAUACUUUCUACAAUACUUGUCUCAUAUACCUGAAAACAUGGAACAACGCAAACUUAAGUUUUCACGAUAAUACAAUUGAAUAUGGCAAUUGUGAAGGUCUUGGAAAAUGCUAUCUUGACGCAUAUGCAAAAGGAAACAAAGAGAUUAAAGGAAGAAUGUUCAACAUAUCUACAAAUAUAUUUAGGGAUUUGGUUAGUGACUGCAUUGUCAGUCUGGUUUCAAGUGAUGAUGCUGGAGUCUUCCCAGGUGUUUUCUACUACAACAAAUUUCUGACUACACAAGCUACUGUUGGAACAGUUACAUUAGACUCAAACUGUUUCAAUUUUUCCCACAACAUAUUUGAUAAUCCAAAGUCACCUUAUGACCUAUACGUGAAGAAGACAGGAACUUCGUCUGUAAAUGCUUCUAACAACUGGUGGGGAAAUGCCGAUGCCGAUAUAGCAUACGAAAGAAUAUUUGAUUUUCAUCGUGAUAAUUCUUUGUUACUGGUUAAUAUAACUUCGAUUUUGACUGAUAGAAACAUUGAUUGUUCUUGGGUCAAUAACUGCAGCUCCAAUGGUGAAUGUGUGAGUCCAAAUAAAUGUAGAUGUUUCUCUGGUUAUGCUGGUAAAAUGUGCUUAGGAUAUGACUGUUCAGGGGUUCAUAGUUGCUACGGGAAUGGACUAUGUGUUGGACCGAACUUAUGCGAGUGUAACCAUGGGUGGAGCGGACAGCAGUGUAUCAAUGCAUUGUGCAGUAAUGUGAACAACUGUAGUGAUCAUGGUUUCUGUAUUCGACCUAAUAUUUGUACGUGUGCAUCUUCAUUCACUGGUGAAAACUGUAGUGCGUGUAUACCAUCGCAUUGGGGCACCAACUGUGAUCCCUGUCCAAACUGUCGGAAUGGGGAGUGUAAUCUAAAUACAGGGACUUGUGAUUGUAUUGGAGCGCAGUGGACAGGACGUCUCUGUGAUAUUUGCAGUGAAACAUUCUAUGGUCCGGAUUGUCUACCUUUGCUCACGGUUUUGAACGUUAUACCAAAUCAGGGCCUUGACAGAGGAGGCAAUGACGUGCAUGUUUGGGGGCACAAUUUUCCACAGACAGAUACUUAUAAAUGUAAAUUUGACACAGACGUUGUGAACGGCGUAUGGGUUGCCUCGAAUCACGUGGUCUGUUCUGCUCCAAAACAUGCAGAUGGAACAGUUAGUCUUGAAAUUUCAUCGGAUGGGAUAGAGUUCAGCAACAAUCAGGUUAAAUAUUUAUAUUUUGCAACGUGUCCACCAAACUCAUGUGGACGAGAUGUAUCGCCUCCACGUGGUCAGUGUUUGUUUGGUGGUUGUUCUUGCAACCUUCCCUGGACAGGUGAAAAUUGUACAAUUGAACUACUAGCACCUGAAAUUAUUGAGCCUCCACCACAAACUAUAAACGAAUCGGUUAUGUACGACUAUCAACUACAGUUAGUACGGGGGAGUAUACCAGUAACUUGGUCACUCAUAGAUCAUCCAGGAAAUAUGAUAAUAGAUGAACGAACUGGAAGACUGUUUUGGUCAAAUGUAAUAGGAAGACUGUCAGCUUAUUCAGUCAUUGUAACGGCAACAAAUAUUGUCGGUGAACAUAGUAUUGAAUGGACGAUAAAUGUACCUAUUUCGUAUUCUGUUAACCUGAUAUCCCUAGAUCCAGAUGGAAUUUUAUCUAAACCAAAGCAAAUAGACAUUGUUGGAGAGGUUGCAUUCAGUGAUUUGAAUGCACCGAGGCUCGUUCCAAUCAAACUUGUAAUUAAAAGUACUUUAACGGGUACAGAGAGGGUCUUAUCACCAUCAAAUGAAAAUUAUGACCCAACAUCAUUCAUAACAACGUACUAUCCAAGGCCAGAUGACGCAGGAACAUUCACUGUGAAAGCAUAUCAUCCAGGUUUGGAGCAAAGUACAGGAAACACAUUAACAUGGGUAGUCCUAGGCAUGCGUUGCGAGCCAACUUUCGUUAGUUUGAAAGGUUACAUAGACGAUAGUCAAGCUGUAUUUGCAAACGUAUCAACUCUAAAAAAUGUAGGAGGUUACCCAAUUGGUAACAUAUCAUCAAAGGUAUAUGGUAUCGAAAACGUUCAUGUUUUUAAAUCUGAAGAUAAAACGAAAGACACAUUCUUUAUGGCGGAACUUCUUACAGAUGGAGUGAUAAGUUUUGGUUUCCAAAUAAAAGAUGUAAAACCAAUGUCUGAAACCUUUUAUAUCGUGUUUUCAACCAUUGAAAGAACAUAUGCAAGACUUCAAAUCAAUAUAGAUUUAUCGAUCAAAAAGCCCUUACUUUUUUUGAACCAUUUGCUGUGAGAGAAAACAUUAUUCGUGGUACUCAAAACAU